UGGAGGAAAGUGUGUUACAACACCAUGAUUGUAAUAAUCACAUAAAUGUCUGUGUUUCAUGUAUGAGGAAUUCAUAUUGCAAUCCCAUCCAUUGUCAUUCAUGUGACACAAAGGUGACACCAACUAUAGGUCAUAACUGGGCAGCCUUGCUGAUAGCAGGGUACGAUACACGUGAUUGGGGGGCCAAAUCUUUCAAAAAGAAGAUGUGA